AUGAGUGGAAAUGCACCAGACGGACUACCGAAAGGAAAUCGAGUAUGGGCUGAUGGAUGCUACGACAUGGUUCAUUUCGGACAUGCAAACCAAUUGAGACAAGCCAAACAAUUCGGACAGAAGCUGAUUGUUGGAGUACAUAAUGACGAGGAGAUUCGUCUCCACAAAGGACCGCCAGUGUUCAAUGAGCAGGAGAGAUAUCGAAUGGUUGCCGGUAUAAAAUGGGUUGAUGAAGUGGUUGAGAAUGCUCCUUAUGUAACAACUGUCGAGACGCUCGACAAGUAUCAAUGCGAUUUUUGCAUUCAUGGAGACGAUAUCACUCUCACUGCUGAUGGAAAAGACACGUAUCAAGAAGUGAAGGAUAAUGCAAGAUACCGCGAAUGCAAGAGAACUUGUGGUGUCUCAACCACUGAUUUAGUUGGCCGAAUGCUUCUUCUCACCAAAAACCACCAUACUCAAGACGAGCACAUCGAGCAGCACGUGGAGAGAGCACGCUCAUUGAGUACUGACAAUGUUGCGAUGUCUCCAUGGACACGUGUCUCUCGUUUCAUUCCGACAACUACUACUAUUCUUGAAUUCGCCGAGGGGCGACCACCAAAACCGACAGAUAAAGUAGUCUAUGUGACUGGAUCUUUCGAUUUGUUCCAUAUUGGACAUCUGGCUUUCCUUGAAAAAGCCAAAGAGUUCGGAGACUACUUGAUAGUUGGAAUUCUAUCGGAUCAAACUGUCAAUCAGUACAAAGGAAGCAAUCAUCCAAUUAUGUCAAUUCAUGAACGAGUUCUGUCAGUACUCGCUUAUAAGCCGGUUAACGAAGUUGUAUUUGGAGCACCAUAUGAAAUCACUCCAGACGUCUUGGACCAGUUUAAUGUGAAGGCCGUCGUCAAUGGAUUCCGUGACCGUGAAUCUUCCAUCGUUAAUUGUCCACUCACUUCAAUUGAUCCAUUCGCUGAAGCAAAACGACGUGGAAUCUAUCAUGAGGUUGAUUCUGGAAGUGACAUGACAACCGAUCUCAUCAUCGAUCGAAUCAUUAACCAUCGUCUGGAGUAUGAGACAAGAAACAGAAAGAAGGAAAAGAAGGAAGCUGAUGUAGCAAAAGCAAUGAACUUGAUCAAAGUCGAAGAAUAA